UAAACCAAAAUAAAAAUGUCCAUAUACAAAAAGUACAGCGCAAAAUACACAAAAAUAGCAAGAAGAACUGGUUGUUUAAAGUUCAAAAAGAAGAAGGGUAUACAGACCUUGGAUGUUAAAAUAAAAGAUACCGAAGUCCUUCAGUACAUCCUGGAGACCUCCAACUGGUUCCUGUUUGAAAAAGAUGACGAAAUUCUGGAUAUCCUCGAGAUGUCCUUAAGACACGGGCGCCUGAACGUACUACGCUGGCUUCUGUGGGAAGCGGACUCGACGCGAGAGGGCAGCACCAUCGGUAGCGGUACCUGCACCAUGCCGGCGCUACAAAAAGGUGGUUCCUCCGAUGCGGCAGAAUCGCACGGCGUACCGAACGGCAAUGCGACCCUCGCGCUUCACUAUGCCGCCGCUAGAGGGUGUUUGGAUUGCGUCCGGUUGUUGGUGGAUUCUUCGACUGAUUUAAGUGCUAACACUCAGAUGGAUAAUGACGUCACCCCAGUUUACUUGGCUGCCCAAGAGGGCCAUCUAGAGGUACUAAAAUUCUUAGUCUUAGAGGCCGGUGGAUCCCUCUAUGUUAGAGCCAAAGACGGAAUGGCUCCAAUACACGCAGCAAGUCAGAUGGGGUGCUUAAAUUGCGUGAAAUGGAUGAUUCAGGAUCAAGGGGUCGAUCCAAACCUGAGGGAUGGAGAUGGGGCCACCCCUUUACAUUUUGCCGCCUCUAGGGGCCACUUAGAGACGGUAAGGUGGUUGUUGAAACAUGGAGCGAGGCUUAGUUUGGAUAAAUAUGGAAAAAGUCCGAUAAAUGAUGCUGCAGAGAACCAGCAAGUUGAGUGUCUGAACGUUUUGGUACAACAUGGAACCACUCCAGAUUAUAACGACAGUGAUAAGUCAAGUACGGGAAAACGCUGUUCUUGUACAGGUAGAAAAGGAGAUCAUAUUAAACGCGGAAACUCUAACGGCUCGGACUGUUCAAACUGCAAACCAAGGCAGACUACGAAAAACUCAAAAAAUUCCACUUUGAAUUCUCUGGAACCAUUUUACUUGCAUCCUCCUUUAAAUGGUAGAAGUUUAGAGCCUGCCCAUGCACCAGAGAAUGGUCUUUAUAUUAAUCCUAUGGUAAACCACAGACACAGUGCUUCCACUUGCUCGGAUACAAGCUCAAUAGGAAGCGAAUCCUUUUACUUACAUAAUCCCAAUGAAAUUGGCAAGGAACAUGUUUAUAAUCGUAUGAAGGACCUUUUUGAUUCUACUGGUGAUCAAAGUAGACCGAUAUCUGCAUUAAAAGUGAAAGUAGAGGUUCACUCAUCCAGCUCUGGUGCUGGCUCAGACGAGAACCUCUCAUCAUCAGACUUAUCAUCAGUCAAGUCAAAUGAUCAAGAAAAUGACUACGAGGAUAUAUAUCUUGUUCGAGAAGAAGCCAGAAAACAAGAAAGAGUUAACGGUCAUAGUGUUAAUGAAAGAUCUCGCUCCAGAGAUUCAGGUUCACAUAGCAGAUCGGGUUCAGUGAGCUCCUCGAACUCCGGAUGUAAUGUUAUAGUAAAAACGACACCGACAAGUAACGGACUAACUAACAGGGAGAAGAAUGGCAGCAUUUAUAAGUCAAACGAAUUUUUACCCAAGCCUCAAAAAUUGGAAAAAUCUGAAAAGAAGUUUACGGGAGGGGGAGAAAACGAUAAGGCUAAAAAGGAACACGACCAAUUGUACCAGAGUUCUCUGUUAGAAUAUGACACAGAAAUCCGAAAACAAGGAAAUUAUAAAUUAAAAAGGGUCUCCUCUGCACCGGUAGAAUCUACUCCUCCUCCACCACCCCCACCGCCACCAAACAACCCUAAACAAUUAUCACUCAUCGACCCUAAAGAUCCCCAUCUGAACGAACCCAGGGGUGCUGAAAUUGUUGAAGUUGUCGAAGAACCUACCUUAAGACCUUCUGAUAUUGUCAAAGGAAUGUGUAGGAGUAUGUCUGCUUUAUCUGCCCGUCGUCUGAACUCCUCCUGCUCAGACCUCACUAUAGUCAGCCUCACAGAAGAAGAACGCCAAUCUACCACCAUUACUACCCCAGCAAACCGCCAGCGAGUUCUACCAUUUGUGCCUCCCAGUUUUCCAGUGGCGGACCCUAACAAACUGAUUAAGCCCUCCGAGUACCUCAGAAGUAUCAGUGGUGGGGAAAAACGCUCAGAUAUAUCUAUAGAGAGAAGUAACGGAGUGGAAGACAGAGCUAAUCAAGAAGAAGUAGAGGAAUUAGUCGUGGAAGUUAAGGAUGAAGUAAAGAUGGUCGGACCACCGCCUCCGCCUUUACCAGAGUUUAAUGGUGAUUUGACUCAAACUACCACUUCGAAGCAAAACACCCUUGUCCAUCAGGAAAAAGUGAAAAAACUACAACCGCUAUCAGCCAUUAGUAUUCAGGAUUUAAAUUCGGUACAGCUCAGAAGAACUGAAAAAAUAACUGCUUCAAAGACAUUCUCAGCACCUACUCGAAGCGUUUCUCUCCAAUGCCUCAACACCGCAGAUCCAUUUAUGUCCCAGAAAACUGACUUAAUUGCCGAACUAAAAAUGUCCAAAGAUUUGACAGGUGUGAAAAAGAUGAAAAUAGAAAAAGCUAAGACGGAACAGACUAUGGAGCGAGAGGUCAUUUUUGAGAUUAAGAAACAGUUCACUGCAACUAACUUUGUUGAAAAGAUACCUGAUAAGGAUAAUACGGGCAACAUGAUCCCAGCUUGGAAGAGACAAAUGUUGGCCAAGAAGGCAGCGGAAAAAGCCAAAAAGGAACUGGAAGAACAGAUGCUACGGGAAGCUGAAGAACGAAGGCUUCAAUCGAUUCCGCAAUGGAAGAGGCAGCUUAUUGCGAAAAAAGAAGAAACCGAGCAUAAAAUAAGGCAAACUAUAUAUACACCAAAAGUUAUUGAAGAGCCCAAAGUAAAGCUGCAUGAUUUGAGACAACAGAUCCCCAGUGAUGAUAAGGUGAACGAAGAUUUUAAUAAUAACGAAAUAGUUCAUGAUAAUAAAGAUUUGAGCUUAAGUAAUAAUUCUUUGGAUGACGAUGAACCAUCUGAUGAAGAGUCCAAUAUAAUUCCCUGGAGAGCUCAAUUAAGAAAGACAAAUAGUUCUCUUAAUUUAUUAUGCUAAUAUUUUGGCUUCUAAUUUUAACUUUAUUAGUCAACGUUGUGAUUUUGAGAGGUUAAUUAUUGAUUAUUUAAGUAAUUAGUUAGAAAUAAAUGUGCAAUUACUGUUUAUUAUUUAAACGAUUUUUAGAUUUUUAAGAGUUGUUUUAAUAAUUUCUUUAUUUGAUAGAAGACAAACGCAUUAUAAAGCUUAAUAAAGAAAAACCUUAAAGUGAAAAUAGUAUUUGCUUAUGUUUUAUUAUUUGUUUUCAUCUUAUUUUGACCAUAUAUUUAUAUUGUUAAUUGUGUUUAUUAUUAUUUGUUGCAUUUUCAUUAUUAUUUAUGUAAGUAUUAACUAUAUGUUAUUUCUGUUUAUUAUAUUAAUUACAAUGUAAAUAUAACAUAUAUUACGUAUUAAAUAUACUAUUUAACUACCA